AUGCUGAAAACCGAUCAAGAAAGCCGGAAGUCGAUUCUCGAUUACUGCGCUGCAAACGAGAUAACCUGGCAUUUCAUCCCACCGCGUGCUCCACACUUUGGCGGACUGUGGGAAGCAGCCGUCAAGUCAGCGAAGCACCACCUGUUACGUGAGAUCGGCAACACCAACGUGAGUUACGAGGACAUGAGCACUCUACUAACCCAGAUCGAGAUGUGCUUGAACUCCCGACCCCUCGUGCCAAUCCCAAGCGAUCCCUCGGACCUAGAGGUCCUGACACCAGGCCACUUCCUGGUCGGCACGAACCUGCAAGCUGUUGAAGAACUUAACCUGGCCGACGUUCCGGACAAUCGUUUGUCGCACUGGGAGCUGACACAGAAGCGUUUCCAGAGAAUCUGGUCGAGAUGGUAUCCUGAGUAUCUACAACAGCUCCAGUCGCGCGCAGUCAAGGGCUGCAAGAAUCCCGUCACGAUCGUACCAGGACGAGUUGUGCUGAUCAAAGACGACAACCUGCCGCCGACGCAGUGGCCGCUAGGCCGAAUCACCCACGUCCAUCCCGGCAAAGACGGCGUUGUUCGCGUCGUCACUUUGAAAACAGCAACAUCGGAUGCCGUCGUCAGGCCGGUCGCCAAGAUCGCACUUCUGCCAGUUCCGGCCGAGUCGGAGCAGCAGCUUGAUCCAGCUUGCAGAAACUGA